AUGGACUACAAUGUUAUACUAAAUAAAUUACGUUCAAUUGUUAAUUAUAUUCAAAUAUUUGAUCAGUCAGAUGAAUGUGUUGACUAUGUAAAAAGUGUUAAGAAUGAAAAAAUAUUUAUAAUUGUUUCUGAUAUGCUUGCAGAACAACUUAUUGAUCGUGUUCAUAAUGAGCCACAACUUGAUUCAAUUUAUGUAUUUUGUUCGGAUAGUACAGCUAUAGUCGAGCAUGAAUUAUGGACGAAGCAAUAUGGAAAAGUUCGUAACGUGUACAACGACAUUGAUCCAUUAUGUAAACAAAUGAAAUGGGAUACAAAAGUAUGCUCAAAUGAUUUCAUGGGGCAUGCAUCAUUUGAUCCAAACAUAAAUAUUGCCCGUGGUGGUAUAUUUAACAACCAAGAACCAUCAUUUAUGUACUUGCAGUUGAUAAAAGAAAUUCUCAUUGAUAUGGAACAUAUGGAGGAGAAUAAACAAGAAUUUAUUGAAUUUUGUCGUGAACAAUAUAAAGACAAUACAUAUGAAUUUUCGAUAAUUAACGAAUUCGAACAAGAAUAUUUACCGAAAAAUGCUAUUUGGUGGUACACACGUGACUGUUUUCUUUACAGAAUGUUGAAUAAAGCAUUGAGAACACUAGACAUUAACAUCAUCUACAAAAUGAGAUUUUAUAUAAAAGACCUUCAUUUACAGUUACAUUCUGAAUCACUAGAAGGAUAUUCAAAGAUUGUCUACCGCGGCGAAAGUAUGUCUACAGAAGAAUUCGAAACAAAAUUGAAACGUUAUGUAGGCGGUUUGAUAUCGAUGAAUUAUUUUAUGUUGACUAGCAUAGAUAAAAAAGUAGCGUUGGACUUUGCUCGUGCCCGUCAAAAGCAGUUAUCUGAAUCAGUUUUAUAUCGAAUUGAACUUGAUUCUAGAAUACGGUCACAACAAUGUCCAUUUGCCGAUGUUGAAAAACGAAGUUAUUUUGAAAAAGAAAAGGAAAUUUUAAUUUCAUUUGGUUCAGUUUUUCGAAUCAGAAAGGUGCAGAGAUUGUCCGAUGGUAUGUGGAUUGUCUAUUUGAUAUUCACUGGAGCUGAAGAUCAACAAUUGAAAGUAGUAACAAAUCAAAUUAGAAAAGAAAUUCAAUCAUCAAAUGAAAUGAUUCGUUUAGCGAAAUUGAUGAUGCAAAUGGGUCAGUUUGAAAAAGCCGAACAAUUUUACAAUACAUUAGUCUCUGAUGUGUUAUUGCAAAAAAGAUAUCGUUGCCUCAGUUUAAUUUACAAUGACCUUGGAUUAAUUUUCAUGCAAAAAAAAGAACAUCAAAAAGCACUUGCUCAUUUUGAUAUGUCUUUACGAAUAUUGAAAAAACACGUACCAAAAGGUGAUCAAUCAUUUGCAACUAGAUACAAUAACAUUGGAUCAGUUUGGGGAUCAUCCACUAAGGAUGUCUGUAGAUAA